UCCGCCUCUUCCCCUUCCGGCUCAUGACCUUCUUGAGGCGGUUGACUUCUCCUUCCUUUCAUCAGUCUCUGGCCUUCGCGUAGCCAUGGUGGCCUAUUGGAGACAGGCUGGACUCAGCUAUAUUCGAUAUUCCCAGAUCUGUGCAAAAGCAGUAAGAGAUGCGCUGAAGACUGAAUUCAGAGCAAAUGCUGAAAAAGCUUCUGGCAGCAGUGUCAAAAUAGUGAAAGUUAAAAAGGAGUAAUGUAACCUGACUAAUGCUACAUUUUCGAAGUGAAGCUUUUCAAUUAUAUAUGAUGGCAGAUUGGAAACUGUCUCACUUCAUAUUUUGUUAUUAAGAGGAAAAAACUUGUCUAUAGAUUGACAUGCUAAUAAACUAAGUCCUGAUUCAAUAUAA